AUGAGCCGACAUUUCUUGUACAACUGCAGUGAACCUACCCUGGAUGUAAAAAUUGCCUUUUGUCAGGGAUUUGGUAAUCAAGUGGAUGUGUCAUAUAUUGCCAAACAUUACAACAUGAGCAAAAGCAAAGUUGACAACCAGUUCUACAGUGUGGAAGUAGGAGAUUCGACUUUCACGGUACUGAAACGCUACCAGAAUCUCAAGCCGAUAGGUUCUGGGGCUCAGGGAAUAGUUUGUGCUGCUUAUGAUGCCGUCCUUGAUAGAAAUGUGGCUAUUAAGAAACUCAGUCGGCCAUUUCAGAAUCAAACACAUGCUAAACGAGCAUACAGGGAGCUGGUCCUAAUGAAGUGUGUAAAUCAUAAAAAUAUUAUCAGUUUAUUAAAUGUCUUUACGCCACAGAAAUCUCUUGAGGAGUUCCAAGAUGUUUACCUAGUAAUGGAGUUAAUGGAUGCCAACCUAUGCCAAGUGAUUCAAAUGGAACUGGAUCAUGAGCGAAUGUCUUACCUCCUGUACCAAAUGCUAUGUGGCAUUAAGCAUCUUCACUCUGCUGGAAUCAUACACAGGGACUUAAAACCAAGUAAUAUUGUUGUGAAGUCAGAUUGCACAUUGAAGAUACUUGACUUUGGCUUAGCAAGGACUGCGGGCACUAGCUUCAUGAUGACUCCCUAUGUAGUAACACGUUAUUACAGAGCGCCAGAAGUCAUUCUUGGAAUGGGAUACAAGGAAAACGUGGAUAUAUGGUCUGUGGGAUGCAUUAUGGGAGAAAUGGUCCGCCACAAGAUCCUCUUUCCAGGAAGGGACUACAUUGACCAGUGGAACAAAGUCAUAGAGCAGCUAGGAACGCCAUGCCCAGAAUUCAUGAAAAAACUUCAACCAACAGUUCGGAAUUAUGUGGAAAAUCGGCCCAAAUACGCUGGUCUCACCUUCCCCAAGCUUUUCCCAGACUCUCUUUUUCCAGCAGAUUCUGAGCAUAAUAAACUCAAAGCCAGCCAAGCAAGAGACCUUUUAUCAAAGAUGCUAGUGAUUGACCCAGCAAAGAGAAUAUCAGUGGAUGAGGCACUACAACACCCCUACAUAAAUGUCUGGUAUGACCCUGCGGAAGUUGAAGCGGACCCUAUGAGGGAGAGAUGGAAUGGACAAUCAGUCAAAACACAGAAUAAUGAAAAGCCUCCUCCUCAGAUUUAUGACAAGCAGUUGGAUGAAAGGGAACAUACAAUCGAAGAAUGGAAAGAGCUCAUCUAUAAGGAAGUUAUGAACUUUGAAGAAAGAACUAAAAAUGGAGUAGUAAAAGGACAGCCUUCUCCUUCAGCACAGGUGCAGCAGUGAACAGCAGCGAGAGCCUCCCUCCCUCCUCAUCCGUCAAUGAUAUAUCCUCCAUGUCCACCGACCAGACACUGGCAUCCGAUACAGACAGCAGCCUGGAAGCUUCUGCCGGAGCCCUCGGUUGUUGCAGGUGACUAGCCGCCUGCCUGAGAAAUCCCUCCUUCUUCAGACGAUGAUGUGAUUGGAAAAGAAUCAAUAU